UAUCAAAUUACUCGUAAAUCAUGGGAUAUCCUUCAGGAGGUUUUGUGUGAUGAAUGUUCUGUCUGCACUUGUUGCAAUUUUAUAUAUUUCAAACACAGGUGUGCUGACCUCGUUUCUGCAAGGAAAGCCUGGUCAUAAGCGGCGGAUUUAUAUCAUCACAACAGCCGAUGACCCAACUCCCAGAGGCUACCAGGAAGUACCAACAAAUGUAGGAAAUAACCAACCCCUAGGAGGCGGUCAGGGGGAUGACUACAGAUUGCAGUUCAAUUAUGCCCAGGUUGAUAAUAGACUACCAGUAGUAGAAGAACUACCCGUGUCCAGUAGUUUACCAAAUGAGAAUAAUAUUCCCUUGGAUAAUGGUAUUUCAGAAGAUAAUCUUGACAGUAAGGAGUCAAUUCUGGAAAAUAUCCCUUUGGGCAAUACUGUUCCAGGGGAUGACAGCGAGGGAGAAGACUACAGAUUAACGUUUAAUUAUGCUCAAGUUGAUGGUCGGGUGCCAGUAGAAAAUAAUGGUCCUGUGGAUAGCAAUGAUUCAAUUUUAAAAAGCAUCCCUAUGGACAAUACUGUUCCUGCUGAUAAAAGCAAUCCUGUGGACAGCAAUGACUCAAUUCUUGAAAGCAUUCCAAUGGACAAUACCGUUCCUGCUGAUAAAAGCAAUUACGGGGACUACAGUGACUCAAUUCUUGAAAACAUUCCUUUGGACAAUACCGUUCCAGCAGAUAUUAGCAAUCCUUUGGACAGCAAUGAUUCAAUUCUAAAAAGCAUCCCAAAGGACAAUACUGUUCCAGCUGAUAAAAGCAAUCCCAUGGAUAGCAAUGACUCAAUUCUUGAAAAGAUCCCCUUGGACAAUACUAUUCCAGGUGGUAAUACUCCAAUGGAAGAUAUUACUAGCGGCUCUUCCAAGGAUCUGGAUUCUCUUUCAGGAGAAAAUUCCAAUCUUAAAACCAAAGAAGCUGUGAGCUUGAUCAACCAUAGUUAUGAUAGUGGACUUAUUGAAGAUACAACCUCUGACAAGGAAAAGAAAAAAAACACUGCACCAAGAACUGGUUUAGCCUAUUCCCUUACUGAUGAAAUAUUUGACAUGAUAGUCAAAAAGAUGAAUAUUGCUACAGCAUUGUACAAUGAGUUCUUGGAUAAUGUCAAAGCCAGCUUUGCUUCAGAAGAAGCUAGUCAAGAUAAGACGAAGAUGUUAGAGCCAAGUGUAAAUAAUACCAACGAGGAACCAAGGACUAAACAGUCAGUUACAGAGCAAUCAAAUACAAACCAAUCAGUUUCAGAGGUAUCAGUCAUUGAGGAGUCAGCCAAAGAUUCAUCAGUUACAGAAGAGUUGGUUUCAGAGUCAUCAAUUGCAGAGGAGUCAUCAGUUUCAACAGUUUCAGAUUCAACAGUUGCAAAGCAGUCUGUAACAGAGUCAACAGUUGCAGACCAGUCCGCAGCAGAGUCAACCAUUGCAGAUCAGUCAGCCACAAAGUCAACAAUUUCAGAUCAGUCGGAAUCGGAGUCAACUGUUGCAGACCAGUCAGCCAAGGAGUCUACUGUUGCAGACCUGUCAGCCAUGGAGUCAACUGUUGCAGACCUGUCAGCCAUGGAGUCAACUGUUGCAUGACCAGUCCGCCACGGAGUCAACUGUUGCAGACCAGUCAGCCACGGAGUCAACUGUUGCAGACCAGUCUACAACAGAGAAGUCUUAUGCAGAAAACUCAAAUGCAACAACCUUGUCAUCUUCCUAAUGAUUACAUUUAACGAUAAUUAAAAUAUAUAUGUUGAAAUUUAAUUUUUCUACAAAACAAAUAUAGAAAAUGAAUAGAU